AUGACGAAGAAAAAUCUGAUUCCUGUGAAGACCAAGAUUGAACUCGCGCAAUCGCUGCUCCUACCUAUUAUGGAUUAUGCUGAUGUCUGUGUUAUUGACCUCAAUGAUGAUCUAUUAGGCAAGCUCCAACGUCUGCAGAAUCUUUGCAUCAGAUUCAUAUACGGGUUGCGCAAGUUCGAUCAUGUGUCUGAGUAUAGGAGAAGGCUUCAGUGGCUUUCUAUCAAGCAGCGCCGUGAGGAGCACGUUCUCAGUUUCCUUUAUAAUGUACUGUAUGACCCUCGAAGCCCACCUUACCUUAAGGAACGUUUUCGUUUUCUCGGUGAAGAUCACAAUCGCGAACUAAGGUCCAAGGCGGAUAACUUGCUGAAACCUCCCUUCACCCGGUCAGGAUACUACAUGAACUCCUUUGCGAUUAUGGCUGCACAAUUGUGGAACGAACUUCCGUCUGAAAUACGACAUUCCAAGUCGCUUCUUAUUUUUAAAACUGCAUUGCGUAACUAUCUUCUGAAACUUUCCUAG